AUGGACACCAGCUAUUUGGCGCAGCAAGUUACCACCAUCAUCGGGCAGCUCCAUGGCCUCUUCGACGAGAUCGGCGUCCCCAGCCAUGAGAGGGACCAGCGCGAAGCAGAGCUCUUCUCUGCUCUAUCUGAGACUCUGCACAAUCAACUGCGCGUUGUCACCAAUGAGAAACAUGAGAUGACCGAAGAAGCCCGUCGCUUGUCCAAAACCAUCAAGCAGAUGGAAGCCUCCCUCGAUGAUCGCAAAUCGAACAGCGCCUACGAUUUGGACGACUCAGACUCCAAGAUCACGUAUCCAUUGACGCGCUGUUUACAGACCCUCAAGGAGAAGUACAACACCGUGAGCAAGCUGCAUCGCGAGCGCUUCGAGCAAGUCAAGAAGCUUGUUGAGGCCCUUGAAUCCUACGCCUCCCAUCUCGAACCCGCCUUCGUUCAGAUCAAACUCCCGCCCAUCUCGCCGAACACUCCCAUAUCUCCGUCCUUCGAUAUCUCCCAUUCCUACAUAACCUCAUUGGAUCGCGAAUUCUCUCGUGUUUACGACGAAUACACGCGACGCGUCGAGACGGUCAGGGUCAUGUCGGACGAGAUCAUCCACCUGUGGGCGGAGCUUGGAACCCCGAAUGCUCAGACAGAUGCUGCCAUUCUCAAGUAUGCGCGCGACUGCCCGGAGCAGCUAGGCCUCCACAAGGACGACUUGGUCAAUCUGCGCACUAAGAAGGACAAGCUCAUUGAAGAGAAGCGGGGCCGGGAGCGCCGACUGAAGGAGCUUCGGGGGACCAUCGAGGACCUCUGGGAUCGCCUAAGCAUUGAGGAGCAUGAGCGUAGAGGCUUCUUGGCUGCGAACCGUGGAUGCGGAAUGAGGACCAUCAAUGAAUAUGAGGACGAGCUGGCUAGACUCAACGAGCUGAAGCGACAGAAUCUGCAUCUUUUCGUGGAAGAUGCUAGAUACAAACUGCAGGAACUUUGGGAUAGCCUGUACUUCUCUGAGGAGGAGAUGCUCGACUUCACGCCCGCAUUCUCUGAUGUCUACAGCGAUGCUCUGCUUUCAGCGCACGAGGCCGAGAUUGCUCGAUUAGAAGCCCUCCGGGAACAACGCCUACCUACACUGGAAAUGAUUGACAGGCAUCGCGAGCUAGUCAAGGAGCGCGAAGACCUUCAGGCCUCCAGCCAAGACGCGUCUCGUCUUAUGGCGCGCGGCCAGAAGGGCGAGAAGCGUGACCCUGGAAAACUUCUUCGGGAGGAGAAAAUGCGGAAGAGGAUUGCUAAGGAGUUGCCCAAGGUUGAAGCUGAGCUGAGGAAGACUCUUGAGAACUGGGAGAACGAGUAUGGUCGGCCUUUCCUCGUCCAUGGAAACCGAUACCUCGACGAACUCUACGCAGCUGCAUCCAAGUCGGCACCACCUAGGUCAAAGACGCCCUCAGUUGCGCCUCAGGCGGCACCCAAGUCUGCAAAGUCAGCACCACCCAGCCGGGGCAAUUCUGUUCGCGGACCUCCACAAUCUACAGCUAGGGCGAAGACACCAACUGCGAAUAGUUUCGCGAUGAGUGUAUCGCGGAAUCCUCUCCCCAGCUCCGCCGCGCAGGCCGGGACUGGUGGCAACAAGAGCCCGUCCAGAAUUCCAGCACGCGCUCCGUUGAAGAAUAUGCCUCAUGGCAACAACUCCCCGGAGCGUCAGCCGCGUCAGGAGAGGGAUGAAUCCACGAUUCGCAAGAUGGGACCACCACGUGCUCCGCCACCAAAGAUGAAGGAUCUCUUCAUGCCACCACCGCCAGCGCCUGCAGCAACACCAGCGCAUCCUUACUCAUACAACUCAGAUCGCAGCGGCAGCAUCGUGCGCCAUGUACAGCCAGAGGAUGUCUACGAUGACCGCACCUACAUGUCAAAUGCGCAAAUGGCUCGGACGCAGCAGUAUCAUGAACACGGAUAUCCACCGCGGGCUCCCCCAAGCAGACAAAUCUCAGCAACAUCGUCGGCUUCCACCGCCAACACAGCGCCGGGAUCCGAGAACUGGGAGACAUGCUCUCACGAUGACGAGUCUGAGGACGAGUACAACUACCAGAGGCAACAGGCUGCACGAAAGAGAUUUACUCCGGAUGGUGGCUAUGCUUCGCCUCGUGGGGGUCUUGGCAAAAAGCUUCGAGGCAACGGUGUUCCGCAGACGAUGAUGGAAGGCGAAGGCGGCCAACUCGUGCGGGUGGAAGGCAGCGAGGCUGGCUGGACCGACGAAGAUGCUUUUUGA